CUUUGUUGACGUCACCGUGGGAGUGCUCCAUCUGGAGGAAUGAACCAUCAUCCGCGAAAAAACGCUGUCAGACGAUUAAGCAAUAGCAAAAAAAGAAGGUAUUAAAGAAGUCUAUACUGGAUUUUCUUUCCAAAUUCCAAGCCCUGCUUCCUCUCAGCCUGUAAAGGACAGAAUCUUUGAUGGAACUCACUUCUGAAGGCUUGUUACUUUGAGCAUUUUUGUUUUGGUUAAGCAUCUGAAGUCUGCCUUUAGAUUUCUUGCAUCUCUCCUUAUUACCUAUGCAACCAAGUUCCCUCUGGUCAACAUACAUGGGCAGUCUAGCUCAGAAUGCAUACCAAUUACACAUAGUUGCUGUGAUUAUCUACUGAUGUCUCAAGGAUUUCAGCCAAUGCUGCUGACUCUGGACAAUCACAAACCCUAGACUGAAGUGAGCUGAUGUAGAUGAGCAUGAAUUUGAACUCUCACACAGAUGCAUGUGUGUGCUCACGGCCAAAUUGAGUGCCAGCCUAUGGCCUAAUAGUUUACACUUCACAAGAGUCUGCCUGUAUGAAAAUUGUGACUUGGUCCUAUUGGGUAUUGCAUUGAUGGAGCACAAUAAUAGUGAACAAAAUCAUGAUGAGCCAGACUCAGAAGGCAGGUACCAGGAACAGGACAACAAAAGGCAAAUUGAUCAGGAGCAUGCCUUGUCCAAAAUCACCCACAAUGCCUUGGAGAAUAUUGGUGUAAUUGGACAAGGCUUGAAACAGCUAUUCCAGCACCAGCGGAGGCGCUCCUCUGUCUCACCCCAUGAUACACUCCCACUGCUCCCCUCUGUAGGGGCAGCUGAGUCUCCUGAGCUAAUCUCUGAUCCACUGGAGAGCUAUGGCUCUAUAUCUGACACUGACAGUGUCCCCCAAACUUCCACCCAUCCCACAGCUUUGAACAGAGUGCUGCAGCAGAUUCGAGGUGCCCCCAUGAUGAAAAGAGGGACAAGCCUUCACAGUCGUCGCACAAAGACUUCAACAGAGCCCCCCAAAGGAAGUCCCCAAAUUCACAGAAAAUCUUCCCAGGAAGUAACUCAGGCAGGCCGACCACGUUCCUCAUCUACCACAGAUGCCUCUUAUACUUCUACACUGGUCGAAGUCAUCUCCAGCUAUCCCAUUAGUGAUGAGUCUGAACGAAUUGAAAGGUUGGAAGUGAGCAGUCUAGCACAAACAUCCAAUGCAGUGGCUUGUACUGCAGAUUGCAAUAUCAAUGUAGAUACUGUAGACGGCACCCCUGACCCCCAAAGAACAAAAGCUGCUAUCCUACAUCUACAACAGAAGAUACUUAAACUGACAGAACAGAUCAAAAUUGAGCAGACAGCCCGUGAUGACAAUGUGGCAGAGUACUUGAAGUUGGCAAAUAAUGCAGACAAGCAGCAGAGUGCCCGGAUCAAGCAGGUGUUUGAGAAGAAGAAUCAAAAGUCAGCCCAGACCAUCCAGCAGUUACAGCGUAAACUUGAUCACUACCAUCGAAAAUUGCGUGAAAUUGAGCACAAUGGCAUUCCCCGGCAACCGAAGGAUGUUUUUAGGGACAUGCACCAGGGUCUAAAAGAUGUGGGUGCCAAAGUGACAGGUUUCAGUGAAGGUGUAGUGGACAGCGUUAAAGGUGGUCUGUCCAGCUUCUCGCAAGCAACACACUCUGCAGCAGGAGCUGUUGUCUCUAAACCAAGGGAAAUUGCUUCACUCUUUAGAAACAAGUUUGGUAGUGCAGACAACAUUUCCAGCUUAAAGGAUUCUUUAGACGAGUCCCAGGGUGAAGAUGGGGCAAAGCCUUCAGGCAUCUGUAGCAAUUUGCAAUCCAGCCCUAAAUAUGGCAGUGAAGAUGACUGUUCCAGUGGUACCUCUGGUUCAGCGGGUGCCAAUAGCACUAGUAGGGCCCCUGGGGGCCCGCCCAGCUCCAAAACAAAUACACUGGAAAAUCAAAGCUCAGGGUUUGAUACUAUUUUUCAUGAGAUUCAGGAAAUUCGUGAGGCACAGGGAAGACUGGAAGAAUCUUUUGAAAAUCUGAAAUCGCACUACCAGAGAGACUAUUCUUUAAUAAUGCAAACACUACAAGAUGAAAGAUACAGAUGUGAAAGGCUGGAGGAUCAAUUGAACGAUUUAACAGAGCUUCACCAGAAUGAGAUUAUCAACCUCAAGCAGGAGCUGGCGAGCAUGGAAGAAAAGAUUGCAUACCAGUCAUACGAACGAGCCAGGGACAUUCAGGAGGCACUAGAGGCUUGUCAAACCCGUAUCUCGAAGAUGGAGUUGCAGCAGCAACAGCAACAGGUGGUGCAACUGGAAGGGCUGGAGAAUGCUACAGCACGAACCUUGUUGGGAAAGUUGAUCAAUGUACUGCUGGCUGUAAUGGCUGUCUUGCUGGUUUUUGUCUCCACUGUGGCCAACUGUGUUGUUCCCCUAAUGAAAACACGUAACCGAACAUUUAGCACUUUCUUCCUAGUAAUUUUCAUUGCCUUUUUAUGGAAAAACUGGGAUGCCAUAUCUGGAUACUUUGAAAGAUUUUUGCAACCUCCUAGAUGAUGCUAGUAUUGGGGUGGGGUGGGAGGUGGUUGUCUCAAAGGUUUAAAUGCAUGAAGGAGGGGGUCAGAUGAAGAUGACACCCUGUGGAAUACCACUACGAAGAGUUUCAUUAAGGAAGCGGACAUUAAUAAGACAAGAACACUUUAUUUUCUUUCAACUUAAGGAACUGGAGUGAAUGUUUACAUUUAAAAAAUAAAAAAGACAGUUUCUUGGAAAAAAACUUGCAAUAGUAAUUUUUAGAAGUUAUUUUAGGCUAGGUGAGUGGACUUUUAUGUAGCACUGAUUUCUUUCACUGCAACAUUGGAAGGGGCACAUUAAGCAAGAGAACAAAAUUCCCAAGCAAGAAAGAUAUCUUCUAGAAGUGGUGUGAAACUGAAGUCUCCCCUUUCAGUAUUUAAGCAGCCAAGCACGAUCCAACAGUAAAGAGUUGUCUUCUUUAAGUGAUAAACAAGCACAUUCCGUAUUUAAAGAAAAAAAUGGAUGUGGUUUUUGGUUGAUGGAACAAAUUGCUUCCCUGGCCAGUCUUUGCGGUAACUUUAUAUAAUUGUUGUAGCUUUGAUGCAUACAUGUUAUUAAAAUGGGGCCUAACAUUUAAGACUACUGUGUAUCAUAACCAAUGUUCUGUACAUUUUUUAUUUUGUCGCAGGUAAAUAUUGUGACAUAUUUUAGUUCAGUUAAGAUAUCCCAUUGCGUUUCAUACUUAUUCAUGCAAAACAGAAACAAAAUGACAAAUUAACAUACUUGAAGAGUGUACAGCUCAAGAAUCUCAGUGCUUCCGUACUGUUUCUAUUAGCUAUAAAAAUAGUUUUCAAUUUUUUUUAUAUCAAAAUAAAAAAUCUUUUAAAUUCAGAAUUAAAUGAAUGAUUUAUAGUGUAAAGUUGUUUUUGGCUUAAGAAUUUAAAUGCCUGUUUAUAAUGGCACCAUAAGAGAGCGGGAAAUGGACACCAAACUUGCACUUUUACUCUUAGAGAAUAGUGAAAGCUGUUUUUUCUUCCUAGUGAAAGACCAGUCAUAUUUUUCACAAAGGAAGUUAAAAAAGAUGAUUAGCAUUGCUAAAACAAAUAUAUUGUAUGUAAAGACUUAAGAAAAGUCAGGUUUAGAAGAGUUCAUUUGAAAAAGAUAGUGUGACAUCCCUGGUCUGGGCUGCCAAGCACUUUAGUAGGGCUGCUUGAUUUCUCAUCAAAUUCACAUUAUCUGAAUACUGAAACUGUGAUUUGUAACAAAUCAAUUAUUAGAUUUUGUGUAUAGAAAGAUUGUUGCAGUGCCAACCAUAUGUCAACCUGGAUGGAAUUCAGAACCUGAAACAUUUUCAGUUCAGUUAACAAUAUUUGCUGAAUCACGUUCAGGGACCAUUGGAGAUGAUAAGUCAUCUGUUUAGAAUCAUCUAUUUAUAAGAUUACCAAAGAUCUAUUUGUGCAUGUUCUAUCAAAUCACAAACUGUAUUUUAGUGUAAUUGGUGUGCAGUUAAUCGCAGUAAUAUUGAAAAGGAAAGAAAAUAAAACUUGGGUUUUAUUUACCAGUUUAGAAUUUGGUUUCCCACUAUGGAUUGGAGGCAUUAAAGGUGGUACUUAGUCCCACAAACCUUAGGGUAAACACAAUAUAUUUAAAGUAGGUUCUUUUGUAUCAAAAGUGUAGCCUUUUGCACCUAUUUUAUCUUUCUGGCUUAUACAGUAUCUUGGUCUUAAAAGCUCUUAUUAGUAGUAUAUACCAGGUCCCAUGAUGUUUGGGGUUCAGGAGAACAGGCUUCCUCGUAGAUUUCGUUUAAGUAACUUUUUUCCACAGUUAAACAUGUUUUUUAUUUUUCAUUUUUGCAAUCCCUGUAUUAAUGCACUGUUAACCAUAAAAGCUGUCUAUUUUAAAAGUAUUUAUUACAGCUUCUUAAACAGAAAAUUAUUAUAGUUUUCCAAAGCGUGCAGAAAAACUUUGUCUUACCUGAGUAGGAUUUUGAGGGGACACAUAUGUACCUUUACAAAAAGCAGCAUUAAACUCGCUAACUCUUGCAAUGGUUUUUCUUCACCUCUUAACAAUACCACUUAGAAUGGUCCAUACUGGGGCUUUGGGGUAACAAAGACAGUGAGUGCCUCCCCUAAACUCCUGUUCUCCUCUCACAUUGUCCCACUAAUUCCAUAAAGCAGUACUGCUCUAUGAAGUGCUAGUCAGAUAAUUAUCUACGUUAUGAUUUAAUAUGAAGCUCCUAGUAAGUGUGCGCUUUGUGGCCAGCUAAAGUUUCAGUUGAAAUGUUAAGAUCAUCUGCAGAAAAUUAUAGAAUACCAUUCAAUAUUUAAACAGCUGGAACAAUCUAAAAGUGUAAAGAUCUUUUUCUGUAACCCUGUUUUUAAUCAGCCAUUUAAAUGGUUAAUUGAAAGGCUUUGUGCAUUAAUAUCUAAACACAACAUACACACAGAAACACAUGCAUUGUGCAUAUCUUUUUGUGUGUAUAUGUAUAUGGGAGGUACAAUAAACAGUACGUGAGUCUAAUGUAGCACAGAUGAUGAAAUACAAUAAAUCAUACAAGAGAACAAAAGAUCUUCUUAGAAAGGACAAUUUACACAGAUUCUAUGUACACUGGGAAGAGAAGGUAAUAUGAAUGCCAGUGAGGCUGUCAGAUUAACAAGGUUUGUGAUCUGGCCUUGAAAGUUUUAUUAUCUGUUUAAAAACGUUUGAACUAGCCUUUAUUUUAUCCCUUUAGAGAAUAUGUUACUGUAGUAUGUUGUCAACCAAGCCAACAGCCAGGAAUUAUGAUUGAAAGUAAAAAUGCCUUGGAAUAUUAUAAUCAAGUUCUAAUUAAAAGACUCGAUCUUCUCCUCUUUUUUAUCUUUGAGAGCUGAGCACUAGUUAAGAUGUAAAUGUGUACUAGUGCAUCCAUGUUUCUUUUGUUUUCCUUUUACUGCCUGCAGAUCAGUUAGCUAUGUUACGUUAAUUUAACUAUACAUUCAUUGUUUUGCAGAUCAGCUCAUGCUUCAUUGAUCCAGAUAUUAAUACUGGCUAUUUAGAUAGGUUUGAUAGUACUCUGAAACAUCUGUUAAUGUGGUGUCCAUUAUAAACAGGUCAGUGUGAACAUCUGCAAUUGUGUGGGCUCAGUUGACAUUGUAUUUAAAAAACAGGAUAUUUUGAUUGUGUGUGUGUGUGUGUGUGUGUGUGUGUGAAUGAAGAAAAACAUUCCUGGUUUACCUGGAGAAGCAGUUUCCUUUUUUAAAACUUGUGAUUGUGCCAUUAAAAGCAAUACAGAACAUUUGAGUCUUUAUGAUGGUCUGAUAACUACUAUUUGUUGUAGAUGUUUAUUGUACUGUUUCCAGGUUGUACUUAAUUUGUGGUAAAAUAAAACUAUGUUGAAAAUGUACAUGAUUUAGAUUGUUAGCAAGUGUAAACUUGGGAGAAGUUAGUGGUUGUUUAUUUCCUUGCUAUUGCUCAGGGAUAGCUUUUUUUAUUGCAAUUUUUUUUUUUUCAUGUACUUAGCUUUGACAGGAGCUUUUGUGCAAACUGAAGUCUUAAAGCCACAACUCCAGGUUAAUUCUGGUCCGUCAUGAUAAAUCAUCUGCACUGUUUGGAAAGCACUCUAAGCAUACAUUGCAUUUAAGUACAAAUUCUAUUUUUAACCUAACCAUAAACAAAUACAGUAGAUUAAAUGUUCGGUGUGGCUUUAAUGUGCCAAACAAAUAAGUACAUUGAGGGUCUAGAGGAAUUCACAACACUUCUUUUCAGGAGGUGGAACCAUAUUUUGUAUUUGACUUAACUUUUUGUCACAGAACGCAGCUGUGUCACUAUCAUUACAUUGUGUACUGACUUUUUUUGUUUGCCUGAAGGCAGCAUAUAUAUAUAUAUAUAUAUAUAUAUAUAUAUAUAAUGUAGUACUGCCACAUCACAUUUUCAUCUGAUUGGCUGCACUAAUGUUAAAUUUGCACUCAGGGUGCCUUAGAAAAUCAGAGCUGAAGGAAUGGCCAUCCUUAGACUUUCUGAAUUUGAGGCUUCAUAAGUGGAAGGGAGGAAUGCUGAAACUGGUUAUGAACUCAUUUCUCCUAUUGCUGCAAACAUGGGUUCUUAUGUCUUUGUAAUUCUUAGCAGACAGAGACCUUGAGGCAAGAUGUGAACUACAAACUCCUGGUGUGCCAGGGUAGAUUCACGUCAAAAUUCAGUGCACGUCCACAGACAUUAAUUACUGUUAAUAGAAAUCAUACAGAUAUACCGUCAAGAAUAUUAUUUUUAGCAAUGUGUUCAUAUGUGAUGUAUAUAAUGACUACACCUUAUGUAUAAAUUAAUUACCGUGUAAUUAAAAUACCUGUAUUUUUAAGUGUAUUCCAUCAGUGUUACUGUAAUGAGCCAGAUUUUAGAAAUAAUGAUUUUUCAUUCUAAUAGCUCUUUCAAAGAAGUGGCCUUCAGUUCCUAUGUAUUUAUUGAAAUUUUAAUGUAGCAACUAUUUAUUUAAAUAUAAGUAUGGUUAUUGUUUUUUUUUAACAUAUUUGUGCUGCAGUGUUUACAUAUUCAACCAAUGGGUGAACUUCCAGUUAGAGGUUACCUGAAAAAAUAAAUUAACUGAUUGCUUCUUAAAAUGUUUAAAAAAAGCUUUGUAUUAGAAUUAUGGGGGCUUUAUAAAGAACAGCUGCCAGCAGGCUUAAAAGAAUAGAUAGUUUAGAAAUAACAUCCUUCUAUCUGUACAUGAAUUUUUUCUCAUUUGCUAAAUUUUGUUGCUACCCUCAGCAACAGUGAUGACUCUUAUGCACAUCAAGUGUUGAACAUGUGAAAUUACCAUUGAAAUGUACAGCUUCUAUUAUCUAGUUUAGUUAGACAUACAAUAAGGAUACUUUUCUUCAUUUGAUUUCAUUUCAGGUGAACCUCUCUUGAAUGGUUGGAUAUGUUCAUGUAACACUUGCAGACGAUGUCCUCAGAAGUAAUUUGAAGAUCCCAUGUGGCUGGCACUAACAGUUGAGUAGGUCAGGAGUUUACAGCUUUAGUUCACUGACAUUUGGUUCCUUUCCAAUAAAAGGUUUAAUAUUCUCAUUUUUCUGCAUCUUUGUCACUACAAAUUAGCCCCAGUUAGUCCGCAGAAUCACUAAAAGCUGUGGUGACUGUAGAUACCAAAAUGAUUGCUUUCUGCAAACCAUAAACACAGUAACUACACAACUCUUCUAUUUGUCAUACUUUUGAUUUAGACAUUGCGUUCAGCUGCAAAAUUCUGGAAUCCCAUAUUCUGUUGCUUUCCCAGGUGCUGCUCUUUUCAACCUGCGGGUCAAUAUUAGAAGUGUGGAUACAGAAUGUGGCCGACUCCAUAGUUCAAAUACAAAAGAAAAUUGUGUUUUUUACUUUUCUAAAACUUUUUCCUAAUAAUACUGUAAAAAUAAAAUGAUUCUAUAAGAGAGUGGGAAUUUGGUUGAAAGAUGCUUAAACAAAUAACGGACAGUUUACUGUGUUACAAGGUUUAAUGCAAAGUAUUUAAUGAAGAAUGACAAAGCCUAGUUCUGUAUGUUUUAUAAUUUUGUAAUGGUCUUUGUUGGUGUGUAUGCAUUGUGUGAAAGGUGAACAACAUAGUAGCUGUCGGCUUCAGCUGUAUGAGUCUUUCACAUGUAAGUAAUUUCACAGGCGUGAGGUGGAGGUUCAGUAAUGAUACUUGUGGAUGUAACAGUAGUUUUUAGAGUUUAAGCUGCUACUUACUGUAUAAAGAAAUAUUUUUAAGAAAUUUACAUUUAUGUCUUGUCCUGAUCGCUGCAGACAUUUGAUCUGUGGCCAUUUAUUGUACAAUAAAUUGAAAUAAAGACCUCAGCUAUUAAUUUAAAAAA